AGGGGAGGCUGGUUUUGAAUCGAGCUGAGGCUGGAGCUGAGUGCAGGGUGCAGCUGGAGAUGCAGAGCGCGGGGUAGCAGCAGCAGCAGCAGCAGCGGCGGGACAACGUUGAAUAUGGACGGCCUCUUGGUGGGACUGGUGCUGGCGUCCGUCUCCUUUCUCUGAGCGAUUCAGUAAAUGAUGAGCCAGUUCUCCCGGUCCGCCGCUCUCCUACUCUGCUUACUGGGCUGUAAUGUGUGGAAAGCGGUCACUAAAACCUUACGCGAUCAGCGUGCACAAGAGGUGACAUUAAAAGUCCAUGUUAGUGAUUCUAGUACACAUCAGCCUUUGGGUAAAGCCUUCAUUGAGAUUUUCGCCAACCAGACCUCAUUUGUCUCGGGAUACUCAGAAGCUGAUGGGGUAGCCUUCAUCACGUUCCGCUACACCCCUGGAGUUCAACUACUCAUUACUGCAUCAAAACGUGGCUAUGUCCCAAACUCCUCACCAUGGCUAGCCACCAAACUGCCCUUGUUUUCAUCUGUGAGCUUGCUUCUCCAUCCUGAACGGUCAGCAACCCUAAUGGUGUAUGAAGAUGUUGUUCAGAUUGUCUCAGGAUUUCAGGGUGCUCUAAUUCAGCCUAGAAUCCAGUUCCAGAGAAGGUCUCUCAACUUGCCAAAGAACUCAACCUAUCGAAAUCUGGUAGCUUUUCUUACAGUUGCUGCCACCCCUUGGGAAGUAGGUGAUUUCCCAUAUCUUCAAGGAAUUGAUGUAAAUCGAACAGGAAACAGCAGCAGAUUUCAGCUGACCCCUGUCACAGCAGUGAGUGUUCAUCUCUUGAAUAGUGAUGGAACUGAAAUCCAAGUGAACGGUCCCAUCUGUGUGACCAUUCCCCUGCCAGCCAAAAGCUCUUUGAAGCCUAACGAUGCUCUCCCAGCAUGGAAGUUUGAUAAGAAAAUUGAUCUGGAAAUAUCUUUGGCCAUGCAGGGCAACUUCGAAAUACCAGUGCUUGUCUGGGAGCACAAUGACCUGUUAAAUAUGGCGUGGGUGCACGGGAUACUGCUCUGUCGGCUGAUAUCCUCCGAUUGGCAAGUUGUUCUGGAAGUGGCACAUGGUGCUUGGCUGAAGAGUGGAUUGGGCCUUGUACAAAGAGAAGGGGAUUAUCUCACUUGGACAUACUUCGCGCCACAGUUGGGUUACUGGGUUGCAGCUAUGUCCCCUCAAAGCCCAGGUAACAUGGGACCUGUAGGAGCCAGUGACAUCACCGUCUAUCACACAGCCUUCCUGUUGGCCAUUCUUGGAGGAAUGACUGUCAUUUUGCUGGUUCUGCUUUGUUUACUCAUCUAUUAUUGCAGGAGAAAAUGUUUAAAGCCCCGUCAGCACCAUAGAAAAAUUCAGCUGUCCUCUGCACUGGACAGUUCUAAGAAGGACCAAGCAACUUCCAUGUCUCACCUCAACUUAAUCAGUGCAGUCCACAUGGAAUUGGUAUCAUCCAAUGGAGAGGCGGAUGUUCAUACACCAAUGCUGAAACCCUCAUACAGUACUUCACGAGAAUUCAGUUCUAGAGAAGAAUUAAUUUCACACAAAGACCCAUCUUUAAGGGAGACCUUAAAGGAGGAAUAUUGUCGGUCACCUCCUAGAAGCUAUCACCUCAAAAUGGCAAGAUCCAUUGAUGUUCCAGAAGAUUUUGAAUCUUCUGUGAGAGAAGACUAUAGAAAAAGCUACAAUUCCGUUGUUUCACAGCCACUAUUGGAUAAAAGAGAUAAAGAAGUUCAGGCUUCAAUUAGACUUCUUCCCACAGACAGUAAAAGUAGUAUCCAAGAGCCAGAUUAUCAACUAUCAUAUGUCCCUGACAAAGCACAAAAAAUGGACAGAAAGACAACUGAUUACAUGAUGUCCCGGUCAGUUGACCACCUUGAAAGACCAACCUCUUUUCCUCAGCCAGGUCAGUUGCUCUGUUGCAGUUCGGCAGAUGAGGUGAAUGACAAUGUUUAUAGAAAAGUGUUACCCACGUUAGUUAUUCCAGCCCAUUAUAUGAAGUUGCCCAUGGAAUAUCAGUCCAUGGGGCAGCCUUUAUCUGCCCCCGCAGAACAGCAGCUGGAGUUUGAAAGAUUACAAGCAGAGCUUUCUAUUUCUCACCAACAGAUGCAUCCUCAUUCUGAACAGCAAGCGACACCACAAACUUUAUCGCAGCAGCAACUUCAGGAAACAGAAGUUGGAGACUGGAGUCCCCAGUCAUCCACCAUGUCAGAAUCUGUCUCCAUCCCAGCAUCACUAAGCGAAGCAGCAAUGGCUCAGAUGAAUAGUGAAGUCCAGCUCUUUGCAGAAAAAGCACUGCUAGAGCUAACAGGAGGAAAGCCUCUCCCUCACCCCAGAGCUUGGUUUGUCUCCUUAGAUGGCCGUGCAAAUGCCCAGGUUAGGCAUUCUUACAUUGACUUGCAGAAAGCUGGCAAAAAUGGGAGCAAUGAUGCAAGUUUGGAUUCUGGUGUGGACAUGAAUGAACCAAAACCUUCCCGAAAGGGAAAGGAAGCACGAGAACAGAAUCUUUCUGGCAGUAUGACAUACACCAGGCUGGUGUAUGUAGACGACAUGGAACAGAGUGGUAGUGAAAGUGGUACAGCUGUAUGUAGUCCAGAGGACACCUCAAUGAAACCACUAAUGGAUGGGUCAGCUGAAAGAGAAGGUGGCACAACAGUGGGAUUACAGAAUGAAAAUAUCCAGCGAAUUGAAGAAAUGGAGGAGUGUCUUCCAACUAGUCCACAACACACAGAGAAUGCUGAAACUGAUGAUAAGAUGAUGAAUGAUGAAAAUGACCGUAUUAAUGACAAUGAUCAAGUCAAUGAUGACAAUGACAGCACUGAAGACCAAGAUGAGGAUAAAAAAAGCCCUUGGCAGAAACGGGAGGAAAGACCUUUAAUGGCUUUUAAUUUGAAGUGAUCACUUACAGGUUUACUCUCAUUGGAGUUAAAAUGAAGUUGCCAAAUAUGUUAUGAAAGUGCGUGUUCAAUUUUGGGAACCUGAGAUAAAGAAAGAGGGAGAAGACAUAAAUAUAUUUGAAAAGAACUGUGAAUGCUGUGCUGAUGUUUCAGGCGUUGUAGGGAAAGUGUUUAGAGUUUUCUGAACAAUUGUUGCUUAAAUGAAGGCCUAUGAGAGAGCCAGAUAAUUAUAGAAAGAUAAUGUCUUCAAAUUUAUUUUUGCCAUAAAUGAACUAUUGUAUGAAAUAAUCAGUUCCAUGCCAGAUAUUUUGCCUGAAUAUCCCAACAUUGGCAGUGGUUGAUGGAUUUCUACUUAUUUGCCAGAAUUAUACUGUAAUAGUGUAUUAAAGGGCAUCACGCUGUGUCCACAGUUAUAGAAUAUUUGAAAGAAAGGCUAUGCAUUGCUGCUUUUAAAAUUAUGUUGCUUAAUUCACUUGUCACGUCUAAUAUUUGUUGUAAACGAUUUUCUUUAAGAUUGCUUAUUCUAUUAGACUCCAUAUUGUUAGAGCAUUUAGCUACCAGUAUGCUGUGAAUGACAACACUCAGUGAUGGCAGAAGCCACUGAUUAAAACCAAACUGUCCUCUUUAUUAAAAAAAAACUGGUCCGGUAUUCUCCAAGUGCCUUCAUGUUUUCCACUGAACGAACCCUAUUUCAAUAGUUCUUGUCUCUGGACUCUUGAAAUUCUGCUUUUCAUAAUUGUCAGUUUUUUGACAGUUCAACAUUGAUUUGCAUGCACUCAUCAACCGUUUGUGCUUUUUUGUCAUGCUUAAAUUGCAACAGUAUAUUGUAGAUAGUAAUGUGUAUUGUAUUACUGGUUUGCUGUUGAACUACAGAUAGACUAGAGAACUUUUACAGAGACAUGAAAAAAGUAGCCAUGAAUGGAUGUUCUGUAUAUAUUGUACGUUUGGCUGCAGUUGAAUAUUUUAAUUGCUAGCAUUUCCAAUGUCUUCCCAAUCUGGGAUAAUUGAGUGGUCAAGACUGAGUGAUCAAUGUGUUCGAGUCAACAUUUUAUCCUUCUGUGUCAUUUUACAGUACAAGGAUUCCUUUUCUGUACAUUUGUUUGAAUUGGUUGCUUGUUUCUACAAGGCUAAUUAUUCAAAAUAAAUCUUGGGUAAAAGUUGAA